AACGAUUCUUCUGUGAUCGAUCUUUCUGAUUAUUUGAUUAGAUACGGCAACGUUGUUUGCACUGUUUGCAGCGAGUUCUGAACAGCUUCUCCAUGUCGAUACGAUCUGAGCUGGCUACUACAUCGAUAUCCUUUACUUCCUACGAAACCUGGCGGACUCUAUCAGAAAUGUUUGGUGCUCUAAAUCGAUUCAUCGGGCGGCUAGAUGCCGAGCCUCCUCAACAACCCCGUAAUGCCACAGGGGAUAACUCGUUUGGCUUCCAGGUCCUGCGCAACAAGGACCCCGAACUGCCCUUGGAACCGUGGUUUGACUUCAUUGUGGGAAUAAAUGGACACCUCAUUGAGAAUCCAGACCCAAACCUCUUCGUUACCGAAGUUCGCAAUUGCGCCGGUGGAAGCGUUUCAUUUGACGUGUGGAGUGCAAAGGGUCAACGAAUACAUAAACUUUCAGUGCCAGUUCCCGCAGCAAAUCCCUCCCUUAACCUUGCUUUACAGCUAGCUCCGCUCUCCACCACACAAAAUAUAUGGCACGUUCUUUCGGUCCCUUCACCCCUCAGUCCAGCUUAUAGAGCAGGUCUAUUACCACAUUCGGACUAUAUAAUUGGAUCACCGAGUGGGACGUUGCGAGGGGAGUCUGCCUUGGGUGAACUAGUUGAGGAUCAUCUCGACCGGACGCUUAUUUUAUGGGUGUAUAAUAGCGAGUUUGACGUUGUCCGUGAGGUUGAGCUUGUCCCGACGAGGGGCUGGGGUGGGGAGGGAGCUUUGGGUGCCGAACUCGGAUACGGCGCAUUACACAGACUGCCUGUCGGUUUGGGCGAAGAAGUGGAAGGGCCUGGGGAAGUCGUCUUCGAAACUAAGGAAGACGGGAGUUUCACGCCACUUGCAGAGCAGCAGAAUCAGACAUAUAGAGGAUCGUUUGGUGGUGGUGGACACUUUUUGGUUCCGGCAAACAUGGCAUCUCCUCCACCGUUAUUACCUCCGGAAAAGAAGCCCUCUGCUGCAUCUUCGGAGACAAAGCACACAGCUCGUCGAGGAAGGACACGUCACCACGCUGCUAUGUCACCGAAUAGUGCCUUUGAUGAGUAUUUUGCAGAAGGGGAACAGAAGAGUAGAGAGCAGGAUUAUGCUCCUUCAAGGAAAGGGACACCCUUACCACCGCCUCCGAAGAUCACGUCACCUCCCUCUUCCUCUAGCCCUGCAACGGGAGCUAAAGCAAGCGAAUCGACGAGUUAGAGCCAGGAAUUAUAGCUCCUUGGAUGACCAGUAACGGACUUUUUCAAUUGUAUAUAACCAGCUGUGGACGGCCCUGCGUUAUGGCUUAUUUCUUUAGCGGCGGGUUUCUGUCGAUGAUUUCACGACUUAAUAAAUAGAAAUUCCAAACGGCUAACGUAUUGGCUGAAAGUCCUCGCUU